CAGCCCGGCCUGCACGGCCCCGGGGCCUGGGCUGUGGGCCCGAGCGCUCCUCCUUGCAGAGUCGCCAGCACCUCAGCUGUGGCAGGCAUCAUGAGGCCCACGGCUCGGGGUCCGGCUGUGAAUGAUGAGGACGAGAACACGGACAGCACCCCGCUCCUGCACGGCGCCCGCCAGGCCGAAGCCGCUCCAGUGUGCUGCUCUGCUCGUUACAACUUAGCAAUUUUGUCUUUUUUUGGUUUCUUCGUUCUCUAUGCAUUGCGUGUGAAUCUGAGUGUUGCAUUAGUGGAUAUGGUAGAUUCAAAUACAACUUCCAUAGAUAACAGAACUUCCAAGGAGUGUGCAGAGCACUCAUCUUCCAUAAAAGUUCUUCAUAAUCAAACGGGUAAAAGGUAUCACUGGGAUGCAGGAACUCAAGGAUGGAUUCUUGGUUCUUUUUUUUAUGGCUACAUCAUCACACAGAUCCCUGGAGGAUAUAUGGCCAGCAAAGUAGGUGGGAAACUGCUGCUUGGGUUUGGGAUCCUUGGCACUGCUGUCUUCACUCUGUUCACACCCAUCGCUGCAGAUCUGGGAGUCAUAGCUCUCAUUGUACUUAGAGCACUGGAAGGACUAGGAGAGGGUGUUACAUUUCCAGCUAUGCAUGCCAUGUGGUCUUCUUGGGCUCCUCCUCUUGAAAGAAGCACACUUCUCAGCAUUUCAUAUGCAGGAGCGCAGCUUGGAACAGUAAUUUCACUUCCUCUUUCUGGACUCAUUUGCUACUACAUGAAUUGGACUUAUAUCUUCUACUUUUUUGGUAUAAUUGGAAUACUUUGGUUUAUUUUAUGGAUCUGGCUAGUUAGUGAUACACCAGAAACUCACAAAACAAUCUCCCAUUAUGAAAAACAAUACAUUCUUUCAUCAUUAAAAAAUCAGCUUUCUUCACAGAAGUCAGUACCAUGGAAAUCUAUUUUAAAAUCAUUGCCACUUUGGGCUAUAGUGGUUGCACAUUUUUCUUACAACUGGACUUUUUAUACUUUAUUGACAUUAUUGCCUACUUAUAUGAAGGAUAUCCUAAGAUUCAAUGUUCAAGAGAAUGGGUUUUUAUCUGCAUUGCCUUAUUUUGGCUGUUGGUUAUGUAUGAUCCUGUCUGGUAAAGCAGCUGACAAUUUAAGGGUGAAAUGGAAUUUUUCAGCUCUAAGUGUACGCAGAAUUUUUACCAUUAUAGGCAUGAUUGGACCUGCAAUAUUCCUGGUAGCCGCUGGAUUUACAGGCUGUGAUUAUUCUUUGGCUGUUGUAUUCCUAACCAUAUCAACAACACUGGGAGGCUUUUGCUCUUCUGGAUUUAGCAUCAACCAUCUGGAUAUUGCUCCUUCAUAUGCGGGCAUCCUCCUGGGCGUCACAAACACAUUCGCCACCAUUCCCGGGAUGGUUGGGCCUGGCAUUGCCAAAAGUCUGACCCCGGAUAAUACCGUUAGAGAAUGGCAGAUUGUUUUCUGCAUCGCUGCUGCUAUUGACGUAUUUGGUGCCAUUUUCUUUACGAUAUUUGCCAAAGGUGAAGUGCAGAACUGGGCUCUCGAUGAUUACCAUGGACACAGGAACUGAAGAAACCAAUAAAUAAUCCUAUCUCUAUUCAUGUAUUUUUAUUUAUCAUAUAACCUGAAAGUGCCUUUGCUAUUUUACUGUAUAAGCAUUCUACACAUAGGAAAAUGUAAAAUUCUUAAGGCUUACAAUCAGGAAAUGCCACUAGCUUCCAGAUUAGUAAAAUUAGCUAUGUUUAAUUAUUGAUACACAAGCUGGACCUUAUUUAUACUGUAGGUUCACAUAGGUGGCUGCAAGUUAGGCACCAUGAAGUAGGCACGCUCUACUGAUUUUUAAGAGCCAUGCUUCAAGGAAUAAGCUGAAAUGGACCCCUACUUCCUUUGCUUACUUAAACUAGGUAGCAGUGCUCAGGUCUUGGUAAGCACCUGUUUUUGUCCACUUUCCUCAUAAAAAUUGUGAUCAGCUCUCCCUCAGAUGUAGGUCUCAAACCUUAGCCUUUGCACAGAGCUGCCAGCCACUGUGUAAUUGGCCUGGAAAUAGCCUGAGGGAAGCAUGCCCACGCAGCUGCCACACAUCCUCUCCUGGCUUCAGGAGCCCAGCGUUUAUCUGAGGCAGCAUCCAGGCCCAGAGCCAGCGCCAAGUCUGGAUGCUGUUACCGUGAAAGUAAAGCCCUGAGCAGACAGGAGCAGUUCUCACAUGUGACCUCCACACAGCCUCUAGCACUCCCUCCCCCACACCCGGGCUAUUUGCUGGCAGGUAACCUGCAAAAGAAAGUCUGAUACCCACCAAUCACAAAUAGUGUUGCCCUUGUUAAAACUACUUUUCGCGGCUCAAAGUAUAAAUUUCCAAGUUCUGGGUUUUGAGCUUUAUCAAAACAAAUAAAAAAUUUUUUUUACUCACUUUUUCUUCAGUCUUACUUCAGUUAUGCUUCUGGUUAAAGUUCAGUGACUUUCAGGGCUGGGGUUGUAGCCCAGUGAUAGAAGGCUACUCAAAGGCCCUGGGUUCAAUCCCCAGCACCACAAAAAAUAAAGUAAAAGUUACCACAACACCUGAAGCAAGUAUAAUCAUCUUUACUUUUGGUUCCUGAAAUCAUAUUUGUCCAAUUUUUUCCUGAUCCAUCUUCUGGUAGUUGUUGAAUGUAUACUGAGGAUAUUUAUAGAAUUUAAGAUUUGAAGAGUUUAUGAAAAGGAAGGAAAGAAAGAAAGAAGAUGGCUCAGUGUUAGAGCUCUUGUCUAGCAUUUACAAGGCCCUGGGUUUGGUCCCCCAUACCACAAAAAAAGAAACCAUAAAAUUUGGUUCAUAUUUUAUGUUUGUUCAACACUACCUGUAACAUUUAGCUAAAACUUGUUUAAUGUAACGAUGUGAAUACAUUUAUGUAAAUUUAUUUUUAAAUUUGUAAACACAAAUUAAGUUGCUAUGUUGUAUUUCUUUUAUAAAUAAUCAAAAUAAACGUUUUU